UAGGAGCGCCUCUUUUCCUUCGGCACGGUGAGUGAGCGUGCUUGUUGUAUCUGGUUGUACCCUUGCAGGUUCUGACCCCUGGUUUUAGGCUUGUUCUCGUCGUCCGUUCCGACUCUGUCUUUCGUUGCAGCCACUGAAGAUCCUGGUGUCGCUAUGGGCCGCCGCCCCGCCCGUUGUUACCGAUAUUGUAAGAACAAGCCGUACCCAAAGUCCCGCUUCUGCCGAGGUGUCCCUGACGCCAAAAUUCGCAUCUUUGACCUGGGGCGGAAGAAGGCAAAAGUGGAUGAGUUUCCACUCUGUGGCCACAUGGUAUCGGAUGAAUAUGAGCAGCUCUCCUCUGAAGCCCUGGAGGCUGCCCGAAUUUGUGCCAAUAAGUACAUGGUGAAAAGUUGUGGCAAAGAUGGCUUUCAUAUCCGAGUGCGGCUCCAUCCCUUCCACGUCAUCCGCAUCAACAAGAUGUUGUCCUGUGCUGGGGCUGACAGGCUCCAAACAGGCAUGCGAGGUGCCUUUGGAAAGCCCCAGGGCACUGUGGCCAGGGUUCACAUUGGCCAAGUGAUCAUGUCCAUCCGCACCAAGCUGCAGAACAAGGAGCAUGUGAUUGAGGCCCUGCGCAGGGCCAAGUUCAAGUUCCCUGGCCGCCAGAAGAUCCACAUCUCAAAGAAGUGGGGCUUCACCAAGUUCAAUGCCGAUGAAUUUGAAGACAUGGUGGCUGAGAAGCGGCUCAUCCCAGAUGGCUGUGGGGUUAAGUACAUCCCCAAUCGUGGCCCUCUGGACAAGUGGCGGGCCCUGCACUCAUGAGGGUUUCCACUGUGCUACCCUCCCGUAAUAAUGAACCAAUAAAUUGACUUCCUGUCCACCUA